UGUUAUAAGAAAAAACCUGAAUUCAGGUAUAUAGCUACAGUUUAUUUUCUUGCUUCAACUCGAUUCGCAAUUUAAUUAUUACCCCAUGGAUCGCCGGAAAAAAGUCAGUGAGAUAACACCGGCGUCCAAACCUUCGGCGGUGGAAGCACCGCCACCAAUCUCACCUUCAGAAACUUUUACAGUAAACUUGAUAUGCGGACUGAGUUUGGUUCUAACCUUCUGGAUAUCCAACACUGUCUACUCCAUCGAUCUCGUUACCGAUCCUUCUCUCACUCUAUUCCUCAUUUCGAUUAUAGAGCUUCCGAUCGUGAUCCUUCUCUUCAGUCGCUAUCGACAGAAUCGCCAACGAUGCUCGUACCUACGAGCGGUUGGGAGAGGUAUUCUAGGAGUGCCAGUAGGAGCAUUACUAAAUUCAUUAGGAGCUAUUGCUUUGGGGGCGCCGAUUACCUUUCAGUGCUUGCCCAAGACUCUAGCGUGGUCUCUUAUGAUGUCAUUGUUCACAAUAGUUCCAGCAUCAUGUGUUCUUGGUUCAUCAUGGGCCGACUGGAAACGUAUAUUUGCGCAUACUAAGCCAAAUGGAUCUAUUGAGUACCUGAUUUGUUUACAAGCCCAUGGAGCAGUUAUUGGGGGAUGGUUUGGGGCUUGGCCAAUGCCACUUGACUGGGAGAGGCCCUGGCAGGAAUGGCCUAUUUCUGUAAGCUAUGGAACAUUGGCUGGUUACCUAGUGGCAUCGGUUGCAUCAUUAGGCUUUGUUCUUGCUCAUCACAGUAGGUUGCAACAUGUCAAAAAUGAAUGAAGUGCUAAUGUUUGAUUCUGUUAAUUGGUAAGUUAAUAGCAGCAGUCAAUUUUGAUACUUUGUUGAAAUCAUUAUGUAGAUAGAAAAGAGAGAAAAUAUAAGGAAGACUCUUAAUAGUAUUUUGAUAAUGUGAUGAUAUGAAAUUUGCUUAUGGUAAAAUCCAGCUACUUGUCAUUUUAUUAAUUCUAAAAAGGGUCAAGUGCGGGGAGUAAAUUUUUUUACAAGCAAGUACAAAAAAGACUACCAUUCUCAUAGAGCACCUAAUUUACAAGGAAAAAGAAUCAUUGAUCUGUCAUGUGUUUAAGCGCAACUGCAACAACAAGAGAAGAAUAAGAUACUUAUACGACUUGAAGACCACUUUAGGGGAAAGCAUUAGUUAGGAGAAGGUCAUAAACCAUUUUAUCAAAAAUAUAACUUGUUUAUUUAGGAUAUAUCAUGUAAAGACGAUAAGAGCAACUCUUGUGAUAUUAGUUUACUUGUUUAUUUAGGAUAUCUAUAACAAUAUAUAAAGGAAAAACAUUAUUUUGAUGUA